AUGAAGCUUCCCAAUGUCUUGGUAGCGGCAUUGGCCAGCACGAUCAGUGCAAAGAACAAAGACAAGCCUAAUGAAGUAGACGAUCUGGCUGCCGAAGGCCUGCACCGAAUGCAGGCUUACUACUCCGAAAACCCACUACCGAGCCCCGGAGAAUGUACACUAGACAACGUAGCUGUUCGUCGAGACUGGUCGGCCUUAAGUAAACAGGAAAGACGCAGCUACAUUCAAGCCGUGAAAUGUCUAGCAAGAUUACCUGCAAAGACACCCGCGGCCAUCGCAUCAGGUGCAAGGAGUCGAUACGAUGACCUUGUGGUUACCCACAUCCUGCAAGCGUUCACGAUUCACGGAACGGCCAAUUUCUUGACAUGGCACCGAUACUAUACGUGGGCUUUUGAACAAAUGCUGAGGAAUGAAUGCGGUUAUAAAGGAUACCAGCCUUACUACAAUUGGGGCCACUGGGCAGACAACCCCAAAGCUUCCCCCUUCUUCGACGGCAGCGAUACCAGCAUGUCAGGCGACGGCGCAUACAUCGCGAACAGAACUUCAGUCUGCUUCCCCUCAACCGAAAUGUGCUACAUCCAGCUUCAACCCGGAAGUGGAGGCGGCUGCGUAACCUCCGGUCCGUUCAAAGACUGGAAAAUCAACCUCGGCCCCCUCGCCGCCGUCUCCCUCCCCCCACCCCGUCCAAACCCGCAACCCAACGGCCUAGGCUACAACCCACGCUGCCUCUCCCGCGACAUCUCGCUCCAAUCUGCGUCCGAAACCCGGGACUCCGUCGUCGCCGCCCUCAUCAGGAAUAACACCACCAUCACAUCCUUCCAAACCGUGCUCGGCGGGGAAUUCGCCCAAGGCAAAAUGGGCCCCCAUGUCGGCGGCCACAACACCAUCGGCGGCGACGCAGGUUCCGAUUUCAUCAAUUCGCCUGCGGAUCCUGCGUUCUUUGCGCAUCAUGCGAUGGUUGAUCGCGUGUAUUGGACGUGGCAGAAUUUGGAUUUGGAGGGGAGGAAGGAGGCGAUUGCGGGUGGGACGAGUGGGGUGGGGGAUCCGGGGGAGCCUGGGACGUUGGAGGAUGUUAUUACAUUGGGGGAGUGGGUUGGGGUUGGGAACGUGACGAUUAGGGAGGCGAUGAGUACGGUUGGGGGGCCGUUUUGCUAUGUUUAUGCUUAG